AUGGUGGACGGUAUUCCUCAAACCGGAAAUUUUCCGACGAACCCGAACAGCAACCUUGCUGCGAAUCCGAACGGCAAUCAUGCCGUGAACACGACUGAAGUAAGGCGAACGAUUUCACCUUAUGAUCUGACCUCUGCUGAUAAUCCAGGGGCUGUCAUCUCUCAUCCAUUGUUGAAGGGAGAUAACUACGACGAGUGGGCUUGCGCAAUGAAGACGGCGCUUUGUUCUCGCAAAAAAUUUGGUUUUCUUACGGGGGCAAUUCCUCGGCCUGACGAAGGAUCUUCGGAUUAUGAAGACUGGUGGACUAUUCAAGCACUUCUUGUGUCUUGGAUCAAGAUGACAAUUGAUCCUGCGCUUAAGUCCAACAUCUCACAUCGAGAUGUCGCUAAGGAUCUUUGGGAUCACUUGCAGAAACGCUUCUCAGUGAUGAAUGGACCACGACUACAGCAGAUCAAGGUUGAGCUUGCAAGCUGCAAACAAAGAGGUUUGUCUAUCGAAACGUACUAUGGAAAGCUAACGAAGAUCUGGGAUAGCAUGGCAAUUUCUCGUCCUUUGCGUGUCUGCAAAUGCGGCAAAUGUGACUGUGAUCUUGCUACUCUUCAAGAAAGAGAUCGUGAAGAAGACAAGGUUCAACAAUUCCUUUUUGGUCUUGAUGAUACUUUGUUCCGUACGGUUCGUUCGAGUCUUGUCUCUCGCCACCCGGUCCCAUCAUUGGAGGAGGUGUAUAAUCUGGUGAGGCAAGAAGAAGAUUUGAUUCUGAAUGGUACCAAGGCGUUGGAGGUUCAGCCGGAUGUCAGUGCCUUUGCUGUUCAGCUGCGGUCUCGUACGGGAUUUUCUCAACCCCGGAAUGAUGAUAAAGACAAGGGUGUUGUAUGCAAACAUUGUAACCGGACUGGCCAUGUCUCUGACAGGUGCUAUGCUGUCAUUGGAUAUCCAGAAUGGUGGGGUGACCGUCCGCGUAGCCGGUCUUUGCAGAGUCGCGGUCGCGGAGGAGCAAGUUCUAGUGGAGGUCGAGGUCGUGGUUCUCAUGCUUAUGCUAACUGUGUGAGUGUUCCGCACAUCGACACAACUCACCAAGCUAAUCAUGUGAUCACGGAUCAGGAUCGUGAUGGUGUAAGCGGCUUGACCGAUGAUCAGUGGCAAACUAUUAAGAAGAUUCUUAAUGCUGGAAAGGGUCCCUCUACAGAGAAGUUAACGGGUAAGUCUAUCUAUCCCUCUUGGAUUAUGGAUACAGGGGCUUCUCAUCAUUUGACGGGGAACUUAGAUGUUUUGACAAAUAUAAGAGAUAUGGCUCCAGUUUUAAUUAUUUUGGCUGAUGGUAGAGAACGAGUAUCUGUCAAGGAAGGAACCGUUAAAUUAGGAUCUGAUCUGGUCAUGCAGUCUGUGUUUUAUGUAGAAGGCUUUCACACAGAUUUGAUUUCAAUUGGUCAAUUGAUGGAUGAGAAUCGAUGUGUUUUGCAAAUGUCUGAUCACUUUCUUGUGGUCCAGGACCGCACUUCGAGGAUGGUGAUUGGGAUGGGUACUAGAGCGGGUGGGACAUUUCACUUUCGCAGUAUGGAGCUUGCGGCAUCUGUCACUACAAAGGAGGAAAAAGAAUAUGAGCUGUGGCAUAGUCGCAUGGGACAUCCUUCGGCGAAAGUUGUGUGUCAACUUCCUGCUAUUUCUGUUUCUUCUAUGCAUUUGAAUAAAGCUUGUGAUGUAUGCCUUCGUGCUAAGCAAACUCGACAGUCUUUUCCCUUAAGUUUGAAUAAAACAGUGCGCAUCUUUGAAUUGAUACAUUGUGACUUGUGGGGACCUUACCGGACAACAUCUCAUUCUGGAGCUAAGUAUUUUUUGACAAUAGUCGAUGACUACUCAAGGGGUGUAUGGCUGUAUUUGUUGGUUGACAAAACAGAGGUUGCUCGGCAUUUAAAGAAUUUUCUUGCCUUCACGAAACGUCAAUUUGGUGAAGACGUUCGAACCGUACGUAGUGAUAACGGCUUGGAAUUUUUGUCUAUGACAAAAUUCUUUCACGAACAAGGCAUAGUUCAUGAACGUUCCUGUGUUUAUACACCGGAACAGAAUGGGAGAGUUGAAAGAAAGCACCGGCAUAUCCUCAAUGUCGCGAGAGCAUUACGGUUUCAAGCACAUCUUCCAUUAGAGUUUUGGGGGGAAUGUGUUCUCACGGCGGCUUACUUAAUCAACAGGACGCCGAGUCCAGUGCUCAACAAUCAGACUCCGUAUGAACGUCUUCAUAAGAAACCACCACUUUAUGAGCAUUUACGGGUUUUUGGCAGUCUCUGUUAUGCAUAUAAUCCGCGACGUCACGGUGACAAAUUUGAGUCGCGAAGUCGGAGGUGUGUUUUUGUGGGUUAUCCACACGGUCAGAAGGGAUGGCGAUUAUUUGAUAUAGAAGCAGCAGAAUUUUUUGUCUCCAGAGAUGUUGUAUUCUCGGAGGUUGAAUUUCCCUUCUCCUCGAGGUCUUCUACGUCGGUCACAGUCGUGAAUGAAGAAGACAAUCCACAGUUAUGGGCUUCUCACUCUCCUGGCCCAUUUGGAGACCAUGAACAGCCUUUACAAGUAAGUCCAUUAAAUUUAAUAGGCCCAACUUCAACAGGCUCUGGCCCACAUGACAACCCAGCUCCCACGUCACACGAUGCUCAUUCAUCUCCAUUGCCGAUUCCCGAUUCUUCCUUGCCGGCGACACAUGAUCCACGAGGCUCCUCGUCAACAGCUUCCUCGACACCUUCUUCUUCCUCUCCGGUGCCGAUUCCCGCUCCUCCGCCUCAACCUUCACGACAACCCCCACCGUCCGUCGCUGUUGUUGCUCCGCCGGCUCUGCCUCCUCCUCGACAGAGUCAACGGAAACGUGAACCACCAGUGACUUUGAAAGACUUUGUUGUCAACUCCGCUGAAUGUGAAGUUUCUGAUAAGGUACGCUAUCCAAUCUCCAAUCAAGAUACAAAGAAGCGUUUUUCAGGGUCUCAUGUUGCUUAUAUGGCCGCAAUUGCAACUGCUCGAGAACCACGUUCGUAUAAAGAGGCAGUGGUAGACAAACGAUGGAAUCAAUCUAUGACUACUGAGAUUGAUGCGCAAGAAGCAAAUAAGACUUGGUCAGUUGUGGAUUUACCUCCUGGAAAAAGAGCUAUUGGGUGUCAGUGGGUCUACAAAGUUAAACAUAAUUCGGAUGGCUCGGUCGAACGCUAUAAAUCUCGUCUUGUUGCUCUUGGCAACAAACAAAAAGAGGGUGAAGACUAUGGUGAAACCUUUGCACCGGUUGCAAAGAUGGAGACUGUUCGACUGUUUCUUGAUGUUGCUGCAAAACGUAACUGGGAAAUUCAUCAAAUGGAUGUCCACAAUGCGUUCUUACAUGGUGAUCUGCAGGAAGAGGUUUAUAUGAAAUUGCCUCCUGGAUUUGGUGCAUCUCAUCCUAACAAGGUAUGUCGACUUCACAAAGCUAUAUACGGUUUAAAACAGGCUCCCAGAUGUUGGUUUGAGAAGUUAACAACUGCUUUGAAGAGCUAUGGGUUUGUGCAGUCUCUUUCUGAUUACUCUCUGUUUACUCUCACGAGAGGUCUUGUUCACAUCAAUAUCUUGAUCUAUGUUGAUGAUUUGAUCAUUGCGGGCAGCUCUCCAAAGGCGACUCAGGAUUUCAAAGAUUAUUUGUCUUCUUGUUUUCAUAUGAAGGAUUUGGGGCCUUUGAAAUAUUUUUUGGGGAUAGAAGUUGCUAGAAACGCCACCGGCAUCUAUAUCUGUCAACGAAAAUAUGCAUUGGACAUCAUAUCUGAAACUGGUUUGAUGGGUGCUAAACCAGCGGCAUUUCCUCUAGAGCAAACUCAUGAUUUGUUCAUGAAUACUUCUCCACUUCUUCCUGAUCCACAGCGGUAUCGCCGGCUGAUAGGCCGUUUGAUUUAUUUGGCUGUGACAAGACCUGAUCUUGCUUUUUCGGUGCACAUGUUAGCCAGGUUUAUGCAGCAACCUCGUGAGGCACAUUGGGAUGGGGCGCUUCGUAUUGUUCGAUAUCUGAAAUCUGAUCCGGGACAAGGUAUAUUGCUUCGUAGCAAUGGAGGUUUUCAAAUCACUGGUUGGUGCGACUCUGACUACGCAACAUGUCCAUUCACACGUCGAUCCGUAACCGGUUUUAUUGUUCAGCUAGGGGACUCACCGAUCUCUUGGAAAACAAGAAAACAGGACACAGUGAGCAAGUCUUCUGCAGAGGCGGAAUAUCGUGCGAUGUCUUUUCUUACUUCUGAAUUAAAAUGGUUGAAACAGUUGUUGUUUACACUUGGGGUGCGUCAUGAUCAACCGAUGGUUGUGUGUUGUGACAGUCAGUCGGCUAUUCAUAUUGCUACCAAUCCGGUCUUUCAUGAACGGACCAAACACAUAGAGAUUGACUGUCAUUUUGUUCGUGACGAGCUUGUUCGUGGCAAUAUCACCUUUCGGCAUGUGGGUACUGCCUAUCAACUAGCCGAUAUAUUUACAAAACCACUUGGGAGAGAUUCUUUUGCGAGGUUUCGUAUCAAGUUAGGCAUACAAAACCUGUAUGCUCCAACUUGA